CCACAAGCUCCUCAGGGUUUUCCGCUGGGUCCUCCCUUGCCACAGGUCUACAGGGAUACUCCGAGCUUUCCUCCCGGACGCAGGACACUACGCCAGCCGCCAGGACCUCUUCGAAGGCAGCGCAGGCGCAACCCGAAGGCCACGGGCCGGAAGCGCCCCCCGGGACCCGCCCCCUGGUCACCGGAGCCGGAAGCUGCGCAUCCGCAGCCGGCGCGGCGCGCUCCACGCACCGCCCCGCAUCAUGCUCCGCGCGCCCCGCUGCCUCCUCCGGACCUCCGUAGCGCCUGCCGCGGCCCUGGCUGCGGCGCUGCUCUCGUCGUUUGCACGCUGCUCUCUUCUAGAGCCGAGGGACCCGGGGGCCUCAUCGCUCAGCCCCUAUUUCGGCACCAAGACUCGCUAUGAGGAUGUCAGUCCCGGGCUGCUGGCGGGCACCGAGGCUCCGUGGCGGGACCCUGAGCUGCUGGAAGGGACCUGCACCCCGGUGCAGCUGGUGGCCCUCAUUCGCCACGGCACCCGCUACCCCACAGCCAAACAGAUCCGCAAGCUGAGGCAGCUGCACGGGCUGCUGCAGGCCCGCGGGUCCAGGGAUGGCGGGGCCAGUAGUACCGGCAGCCGCGACCUGGGUGCCGCACUGGCUGAUUGGCCUUUGUGGUACGCGGACUGGAUGGACGGGCAGCUGGUGGAGAAGGGACGGCAGGAUAUGCGACAGUUGGCGCUGCGUCUGGCCUCUCUCUUCCCGACCCUUUUCAGCCUUGAGAACUACGGCCGCCUGCGGCUCAUCACUAGCUCCAAGCACCGCUGCGUGGAUAGCGGCGCCGCCUUCCUGCAGGGGCUGUGGCAGCACUACCACCCUGGCUUGCCGCCACCCGACGUCGCAGAUAUGGAGUGUGGACCUCCAAGGGUUAAUGAUAAACUAAUGAGGUUCUUUGAUCACUGUGAGAAGUUUUUAACUGAAGUGGAAAGGAAUGCUACAGCUCUUUAUCACGUGGAAGCCUUCAAAACUGGACCAGAAAUGCAGAACAUUUUAAAAAAAGUUGCAGCUACUUUGCAAGUGCCAGUGAAUGAUUUAAAUGCAGAUUUAAUUCAAGUAGCCUUUUUCACCUGCUCAUUUGACCUGGCAAUUAAAGGUGUUAAAUCUCCUUGGUGUGAUGUUUUUGACAUAGAUGAUGCAAAGAAGAAAGGAGAGGUAUUAGAAUAUUUAAAUGAUCUGAAACAAUAUUGGAAAAGAGGAUAUGGGUAUACUAUUAACAGUCGAUCCAGCUGCACCUUGUUUCAGGAUAUCUUUCAGCACUUGGACAAAGCAGUUGAACAGAAACAAAGGUCUCAGCCAGUUUCUUCUCCAGUCAUCCUUCAGUUUGGUCAUGCAGAGACCCUUCUUCCACUGCUUUCUCUCAUGGGCUACUUCAAAGACAAGGAACCUCUAACAGCUUACAAUUACAAGGAACAAAUGCAUCGGAAGUUCCGAAGCGGUCACAUUGUACCUUAUGCCUCAAACCUAAUAUUUGUGCUUUACCACUGUGAAAAUGCUAAGCCUCCUAAAGAACAAUUCCAAGUGCAGAUGUUAUUAAAUGAAAAGGUGUUACCCUUGGCUUACUCACAAGAAACUGUUUCAUUUUAUGAGGAUCUGAAGAACCACUACAAGGACAUCCUUCAGAGUUGUCAAACCAGUGAAGAAUGUGAAUUAGCAAAGGCCAACAGUACAUCUGAUGAACUAUGAGUAAAUGAAGAACAUUUUUAAUUCUUUAGAAAUCUAUAAGGAGUGAUUACAUGCUUGUAAUAGGUAGGCAAUCCCUUGAUUACGGAAAGCUUUUAUAUUACUUGAAUGUUUCUGUCUUUUCACAGAAAAACAUUUAGUUUCUCUUUGGGUUUGAACAUGAGACAUAAGAAAUGAUUUUUCACUGGAGCAGCUCUCUUAAGGGGAAACAAAUCUAUUCAGAGAAACAGCUGGCCCUGCACAUGUUUACAAAAUGAAAUUCUUCCUACUUAUAUAAGAAAUCUCACACUGAGAUAGAAUUAUGAUUUCAUAAUGAUACUUGAAAAGUGCUGGAGUAACAAAACAUCUCAGUUGGACCAUCCUUAACUUGAUUGAACUGUCUAGGAACUUUACAGAUUGGUCUGCAGUUCUCUCUUCUUUUCCUCAGGUGGGACAGUUCUAGCAUUGUCUUUCUGAAUCAGGAAUAUUGUGAUAAGCUGGGAGUAUCACUUUGGAAGAAAGUACAGUAAUGUCUCUAGAUGAGAAUUUGAAACAAGAAAUAACGUUGUAAAAGGACACCUUCACUGAAGCAAGUCAGAAAGUACAAUGAAAAUAAAUAUUUUUGGUAUUUGGUAUUUAUAAAAUAUUUGAAAUUUUUUCAAGAAUUCCUUUUUACUUCUAGGAAGUCUCACAAGACCAUCUUAAAUUAUUAUUAUAUCUGUUUGGACAAUUAGCAACAAGUCAGAUAGGUAGAAUCAAAGUUUUUCAAAUCUAUUUCUUAGCUAACUUUUUCAUUCUGUCGCUUGGCUUCUAUUUUUAUAUUUUGCUAUUAUAUGAAAUAUAUUUUUUGGUUGUUUGAUUUCUCUUUCUUUCUUUAUAAAUAGUUCUGAGUUCUGUCAAAUACCAUGAAAGCAUUUGGUAUAAUAAAGAAAAUUCUUAUAACUUU